AUGAGACACAUGAAAUGGAAUAACUACUAUAUGUCAAUAUCAAUUUUAAAUUACUAUAUUAGUACAAAUUUAAAUGCUGAUCUGGAAAUUUACUUAAAUAAAGUAAAAUUAAAAGCAAAGGAAAGGAAAGGAAAAUAUCCACAUCUCUGCUAUUCGGCUGCUCUAUUUCUCUCUAUUCGCCGCGCCGCUUUGCGCCGCCAUAUUCCCUCUUGCCGCCGGCACAAUCACGUUAGGACCCACUAUGAGACCAUUGGUGUGAAGGAAGAUGCAAGCCAAGAAGAAAUUCGCAAAACUUAUCGAUCUGCCGUUAUUGCUAUCCAUCCAGACAAACUCGGGGAUUCCCUAGGGAAUGAGUUUAUUGAGUUGCAGAGGGCGUGGAGAGUGCUAUGUGAUCCAGGAUUACGGGCCCUCUACGACCAAGAAUUGAGGACGUUGAGACAGGAAGCUGUAGCUGCAGAAGACGUGCGCUUAGGAGAUAUGGCGGUUGUCGAAGACGAAGAAGAAGAUGAAGAUGAAGAUGGAGGCAGCUUUGAAUUAUCCUAUCAAUGCAGGUGUGGUGAUUUCUUCUCUAUUAUGUCUUGUGAAUUGGAUGAAAUGGGAUAUCGGAUUCAAAGAAUUGGAGGGAAGCUGAUCUCCGAAGCAGAAGAUGCAGCCUGCGAUUUUGAUGAAGAAGAUGAAGUAUUCGUGUCAGCAGUCAUGACCAAAUACAUGGAGUCCAAAUGCAAGCGCAGGUCUUCUUCUGGUGCAGCUACUCGGCUUUGUAGAUGUUUGAGUGCUACUAGCUACAACGCGUUUUUCUCAGUCAAGAAGCGUUUCUCGCGAUCCUCGAGCUGGAACGAGACGGGUUAUCGAGAUUUGAGCAAGCAAUCCGCUGUUAUUCUAGAGCUUUUGCAGGAUGAAGGGUGGCCGUUUGGCCUCUCGAAGUAGGCCAUUUUGCUGCCUCCUCCACUGAAGUCGCCAUCGGAUUCGUGGUCAUGGAGGAAGAGCGCCAGAGUCGCCACAAGUAUCGGUCGGGUUGGUGAAAUAAUCGAUACCCAAACCCGUUUUUAAGCAGCCUUAGCCACAGUACAUUGAUGGUAUAUGGAUAGUAGUGUUUUGCUUGAAUAUGAUUUGAAUUUUUUUCUAUUUUAUUUUGUUUUAUCCUA